AUGCAGGCAAUCUGUAAAUGUUGUUAUUUCUUCUUUGUUUUCUUCUUCUUUCCUUCAUCCUCUCCUUCUUCUUCUUCUUCUUCUUCUUCUUCUCUUUUCUUCAUCCUCUUCUUCUUCUUCUUCUUCUUCUUCUUUUCUUCAUCCUCUCCUUCUUCUUCUUCUUCUUUUCUUCAUCCUCUUCUUCUUCUUCAUCCUCUCUUUUCUUCUUCCUCUUCUUGUUCCACUUCUUCUUGUUUUCUUCAUCUUUUCUUCACCCUCUCCUUCUUCUUCUUCUUCUUCUUCAUCAUUAUCAUCCUCUCUUUUCUUCUUCUUCCUCUUCUUGUUCCACUUCUUGUUUUCAUCAUCCUCUCCUUUUCUUCUUUUUUCUUCUUCUUCUUCCUCUUCUUCAUCCACUUCUUGUUAUCUUCAUACUCUCUUCUUCUUCUUUGUUUUCUUCUUGUUUUCUUCAUCCUCUCCUUUUCUUCUUGUUCUUGUCCUUCUUCUUCUUCUUCUGUUUUUGCUUUCCUCAUCCUCUCCUUUUCUUCUUCUUCUUCUAAUUAUUUUUCUUGUUGCUUUUUCCUGUAUUGUUUUCUAUUUUUUAUCUAUUUAAUUUUCUUCUUUUUGUUUUUUUCUUUUUCUUUUCUUUUUCUAUUUGUUUUUUCUUCAUUUCUUCUUCUAUUUAUUUUUCGACCUCUUUUUUAUUUUCUUCUUUUACGUGUUUUCUUUUCUGUUUCUUUUAUUUCUUCUUUUUGUUUUUCUUCUUCCUCUUCUUCUUUUCCAGUUUAUUCAGUUAUUAAUCACUAUCUUCUUUUGCUGCUUUCAAUUUUUUAUUCAUUUUUUCUUUCUUCCUUUCUUUUUCACCUUCUUUCUUCGUUUAUCAUCAUCAUCUUGGCGAUAUUUUCCUUUUUAAUUCUUUCUUUCUUUUUUUUUAUACACUACCCUUCUUCCCGUCAGUAUUUUAUUAACCUUCUUUCUUUUACGAUCAUUUUCCGGCAGAAUCUUUCUUUUUUCUUCUUUCUUAUUCCAAAAUUUUUUUCACCUUCAAAAAAAUCGUUAUAUUUCUUUUAUGCUGUAUUUCUUCUUUCUUAA